ACAAAGCGUGAUUAUUAUAAUGAAAGCGAGACUGCAAGAAUAAUAAUUAUUUUUCUACGAAUUAAAUCUUCCGUCGGCAACAUGUUACUUGUGUCCCCUAUUACGAUUUUGUGACUCGCGAACAUAUUAGAUAGCGGAUGACCAUCCGAAAGUCGUGUCAGUCCGCCUAUGCAAAAAGGACAAUAUCGUAAUGUUUGUAAAUGUUUAUGAAGUUUGUAUUAUAAGCAGUAAUGUUAUACAUGUAUACAUAAUUUACAUUAUGAUAUUGCUCUUUUUACACAAAUUUUUACAACUAUUAAAAGCUCAUCCUAAAAUGUUUUUCCGAGGAAUCGAAUAAGUAUGGCUAGGCAAUUCUGUCGACUCGGAUGACCUAAGGAUUAAACUCAUUCUGAAAAAAAAAAAAAACAAUAGGGAAAAGUAAUUGCACAACAUUUUGCAAUUAUGUCGCCAGUCACAAUUAGAGACAGCAGUAGUCGAGGAAAAUAUCGUCGCAUCGAUGCGUUGCACGAUAUUUACCGGGCACGCACGGUAGUCGUACGGUAAUAUUGUACAAGCCGGAACGCACACAAUGUUGUAAGUUUAUGGCGGCGGCGGCGGCGGUCAGCACGGUUGCCAACGUUGUCUCGUCGUUUUUGGUAACCGCACCGGUGGUGGUGGUGGUAUCAGCUGCCUUCGCCGCCGCCGCCGCGCAACGUGAUAAAGACGCACGCACACACACAACAUUGUGAUCGCGUUUUUGAGGUUAUGUUAUGUUUUGGAAGAGGGUUUUUGAAUUUUUCAAACUCAACUGCGUAGUGCCGAAAUUUCCGUAUGGCCACCGUCGGGGCCUUUGCCGUCGCGAAAGUGUUUCUUACCCACCACGAAUGGAUACGUUUUUCAAGGAUCGUCUGUUAUUCGUCGUGGCCGGAUGCACAGGAACGGGAAAGACAAAGUUAGGCGUGCGCCUGGCCAAGGCACUCGACGGCGAAGUCGUGUCAGCUGAUUCGAUUCAAGUGUACAGAAACCUGGACGUGGCCACCAAUAAGGCGACCCAAGAAGAGACUCAGGGCGUACCUCACCACAUGAUGGGCACGGUAGACUGGGACACAGAAUUCAACGUUCACGAGUACAGGAAACAAGCGCUGAAAAUCAUCCGUGACAUUUACUCCAGAGGAAAAGUGCCUAUCGUGGUCGGAGGCACUUACUAUUACAUCGAAUCGAUCAUAUACAACAAUCUGGUGUGGUCGAAAACUGACGACGAAGUGGACGAAACUUUGGACGACCCGUCGGCGGCGGAGGCCACAGACUUGUCGUUGGACGCGUUUCGCCAGUACCGCAUGUUCCGGCACAGCAACGACGCCGUGACGGCCGUGGACACCGCGGACGCCGCUCGACACUUGUAUCGGGAGACGUUGGCCGAGACGGCUCGCUUCGUCAAGCACACGGUGUCCAAGCUGUCGCACAAACAGCGCCGGAAUACGUUUGCGGACGCCGCCGACGGUCCGGUGUCCAAAAGCGGCGGCGUACCGCCGGUCGAGCGCGAGCUGUCCGCUCUGUACUCGCACGGAGUGCGGUGCUUGGACGCCUUGACGGCGGCCAUACGCGACGGCCUGUCCGCGGACACCGUACGAUUCGACGUGCUGGCUGCCGACGGCGAUGGCCGCUUUUCGUGCGCUGACGUCCAGCGCCGACUCGAGUCGCUGAUGGCCCUGGCGGAAAAGCACGAAGAAGCCGUGAAAAACGCACUGUACAAAAUGCAUCGCGAACUGGAAAUGCGGGCCCAACGCGUCAUGUUGGCACUUUUGGCCGACCAAGAAAAAACCGUGGUCGACCUACUGUCGCCUGAAAUGCUGAAGGCCCACGCUCUUUACUUUGACCCCGUUACCGCCAACACGCUUCAUCCACACAAUGUUCGCAAAGUUUUCAGGUGCAUACAGAUUCACUUGAUGCGAGGCCGGAGACAGAGCGAACUGCUGAAAGAGCAGAGGACCCGAGUGAACGGAUCCGACGUACCGGUGGUCGCCUUGAGGUUCCGUGAGGUGCACAUGAUGUGGCUGACGUCCGACAUGGACGUUUUGGGCAAGCGAUUGGACGAACGAACCGACCAAAUGAUCGACAGAGGACUGAUCCGGGAACUGUGUGAAUUCAAAAAAGACUUAUCCCGUACAAGGGGCGUGUCAGACUUCAACGUGGAUUUUACCAAAGGAAUUUUUCAAUGCAUCGGACUGAAACAGUUUCAACAAUACUUGGAGUUGCCGGAAGAAAACCGCGAUACGCAAGAAGGCCGUAAAGCCCUGGAAGACGCUGUGCUAGCCAUGAAGCUGGUUACGAAAAACUACGCAAGACGUCAGACGCGAUGGAUUAACAACCGUUUUCUGCACGCCAGCGACAAACAGGCUACAUCCAUCUACAAGUUGGACUGUACCGAUCUUAGAAACUGGGAUCGACUAAGCGAACAGGCUGUCCACUUAGCCAAUGUGGUAGUUGGCCGCAAACCGAGACUGGACGAUACGCUCAAGCCGAUGGUCGUGGACAAACAGCCAGCCGUCGCACCAGUCUUCGGCAAUUUCCGUUGCGAGGAAUGCGAUCGAUUAUUUUGUAACGAUGUACAGUACAAUAUUCACAAGACGUCGAGGAAACACCAAAGAGUGUCGUUGAAGAGAAAACGAAGGUCACAAGAUAGUGGAUCGACCGAAUCAAAACACAAGAAUAGCUAAAUUACGAUAUGCAAACUACCGUGUUUAUAGUGAUACCUUUGUUCCUAAAUGUCUUGAUCAAAUACGUCUUGUCGAACGAUACCGAAACGUUUUGAUAUAGACCAGCCUAUGUAUUUAUUUUAGUUAGGCACAUUAAAAUAUUAAGCAUUUUGUAACAAUUGUAUUUUUUCAAAUUCUGCAUUUUGUUUGUAAAGAACUUGUCAGUCCUUGUUUUAAGUUUUACCUGUGACCUAAUGUGUUUCUAUUUUUAUCUUAUUUAUAAUUUUAAUUCACUUUGAAAUUUGUUAUUAAAUGUGUAUUCUUAGUAUGAAGAACGAGACUGAUUAUGAUAUUUACAGUGAAUAAAUGCAUGCAGGGAAAUCUAUUCAACGUAAGCCGCUAAAUUUAUUAAAAAAAUAAUUACAACUUUGUAGUUUUCCUUUUGGAAAAAAAAAUGUUUUUUAUUUAUGUUAUUUUACAAUGUUAAAAAUUUACCCUAAAUGAGCGCUGUCAACUUUUGAAAUUUAAACCAUGACUUUAUGUAACAAGAAUUAUUUGCCGAUAAUGCUGAUGUGUCGGUACCCAGUUUUGAAUAAUUACUUGUAAAAAGUUCAUGAAAUAUAAACGUUACCGUUUGUGUGUUAUGUUAAAUGGA